GUUAAUAACUACCUACAUAAUUGGCAUAUUAACAAUUGACUUUGUAUAACUACCAAAUAACCAAAUAACAAUCAAACAAUACCAAAGCUAUGCGCUUCAUAUUAGCAAACGAAUUGAUUUAUGAUAUAUCGAGAACCACACAUUCAACCUGCCAAUGCUAUACUUAUGCGACAGUUCGCAUCUCUACAAUGAGGAUCCAAACGUCCAUACGAGGAACAACUAUAGAGUAAACACAUUUGAUAUUUACUACUUGGUAGUCACGGCAAAGUAAUGGUCUAGAUUAGGCCUGUUGAAGCUUAUGAGCUGCAAUUUCUACUAUUUCGGUAUCUCAUAUUACCCAUUACUCGGAAGACUUCCCUCCGCGGGCCAUUACAACACCGUCUGGUGGUUUAUACUAACUACCUACCUACGUUUAUAUGUCAAAGUUCGCCGUACUUCAUUUCUCUGAUUUAACUGUUCAACCAUGUUCUGCUUUUCUAACUAACUAACUAGAUCAAAUUCAUACUAAAGAAAUGAAGUUGUCUCUGGUUCUUCUGUGGGCGGCAAGCGCUCUUGCCUCCCCUCUCCGCCGGAGCGCUGCAAGGUUAUCUCCGGUCACGCGCAAUGGGACCAGUCUUUUGGUUGACGGGAAGGUCUGGAAAAUGGUUGGGCCAAAUGUCUACUGGCUAGGCCUCGAUGAAAAUGUGAUACCUCCAGCUGGGGAGCCGUUCUAUGCUCCUACCAAAGCCAGCUACCCUACCAAAGAGCGUAUUACCGAGGUGAUGGCAACCGUACAAGCUCUGGGAGGCACUAUGAUUCGCGGGCAUACCUUGGGUAUUAGUACCGGGAACCCCCUGAGUGUUGUACCCGAACCGGGAGUAGUCAACGAAAGAGCCUUCGACCCAAUCGACUGGGCCGUCUAUCAAGCAGGUGUAUACGGUAUCAGGCUACUAAUACCGUUGGUGGAUAACUAUGACUAUUAUCACGGAGGAAAAUACAACUUCCUUCGUUGGGCAGGUUUCGACCUAAACCAAAGUCGGGAUGAGAAGAACCCUCUAGUUCAGCAAUUCUACACCAAUACCACCAUCGUCUCUACCUUUAAGGACUACAUUAGGACGAUUAUAACCCACAGAAACCAGUACAAUAACCUUACCUUUGCUGAAGAUCCUACAAUCUUCGCAUACGAGACGGGGAACGAGCUCCUCGGUCCCGUAUGGGGUGAUAUGAACUCGCCAGCGGACUGGGUCCAGGACAUCGCCAAGCAUGUUAAGAGUCUUGCUCCGCAGAAGCUAGUAGUCGACGGAACUUACGGCAUCAACAAAACCCACCUAAGUAUCGAAGAAAUCGACAUAUUCUCCGACCACAUGUACCCCGUCGACACGGCCAAACUAGAAGCCGAUAUCAAACUCGUUGAAGCUGCUGGGCGCCCGUUCUUCGCCGGUGAGUACGACUGGGUCGGUGGCAACACCGCCAACCUUCAGUCCAUGUUCAAGAUCAUCGAGGAGAAUCCUGCCGUUGCGGGUGAUACUUUCUGGAGCCAAUUUGGCCACAAUGCCCCCGACUGCAAAACCUACGUGGACCACAGCGACGGUCUCGCGCUUCAAUAUGGCAACCCGAAGAACACGGCGAAUCAGAACAGCCGCAUCCAGCUUAUACGAAAGCACUUCAUCGCCAUGAGCCAGGGCAAGGAGAUUGCGCCGGAUGAGCCUUUGCCUGAGGUGCCGUGCCCGGCCCCUACGUCGCCAUCGUUCCGUUAGGGAACCACCUUUGGCCUAUGGCUACUAGGACGACGAGGAGAGCUCGUAUUGGGCGGGCACUAAUCCAAACUGUUAGUUUAAAGGGGGGCUUUUGUAUCCACAUAGUCACGGAUUUGAAAGAAGUAUAAAAAACCACUGCACUUAUGACAAACCCCAGGAAUAUUUAUAUGAUCUCGGAUCUUGGAGCAACCUAGCCAGGGAAAUCAUUUCCCCCAGCGUAAGAAGUAAUGAUAUAAGCCCAUCGCCCCUAGCUAAGAC